AUGCUCAUCUUUAUCGAGAAUGUCCACAUGAACAAAAUAUGCUCCGUCAACUUGGGUCUCUCACCAGAGAUUUGCGCCAACCUGACAAACCACAAAGAGGAGAGUGUGCUCGUCCAGCGAGAGUUCUCCCUCUUCACCUUCUACAACAGCAUCAUCAUGUCGGUGCUGCCUCUCAUCUUCGUGCUCUUCAUGGGCGCCUGGAGUGAUAAAUACGGCCGUAAGUUUCCACUGCUGAUGACGCUGGUGGGUCAUGCGAUGUUUGCCGGGGGUUACCUGUUGGCCAACUGGCAGACCAGCUGGCCCGUGGAGGUGCUCUACCUGGUGACAAUAUUGGAGGCCCUGGGAGGAGCCAACGUAGGUAUCCUCUCCUCCACCAUCAGCUACAUCAGCGACAUCUCCAGCGAGAAGCAACGGACGUCUCGUAUCGGCACCAUUAACUCCAUGUGGUAUCUGGGAACUCCACUUGGUACGCUGACUGGCGCUCUUAUCAUCAAGUACAGCGGCUACGACAUGGCUCUGGGCCUCGUGCUACUCGCCUAUGUCGCCUCUAUUGUUUACGUCAUUGUAUUCAUCGAGGAGAGCCACGGACCCUUCGCCAAGAAGGCGCUGCAGGCGCAGGGCUCACUCAAGGGCAAGCCCACAUUAGAUAAAAAGGACGAAGCGUGA